AUGAUUUCUCAGUUCUUCGUCCUGUCCCAAAGAGGCGACAACAUCGUCUUCCGUGACUAUCGCGGUGAAGUACAGAAGGGAAGCGCUGAGACAUUUUUCCGAAGAGUCAAGUUCUGGAAAGAGGACGCUGAUGGUGAUGCUCCACCUGUUUUUAAUGUAGAUGGUGUGAACUACUUCCAUGUUAAGGUUGCUGGAUUGUUGUUUGUUGCUACGACUCGAGUUAAUGUUUCGCCUUCUGUUGUCUUGGAACUCUUGCAAAGGACUGCAAGGGUUAUUAAAGAUUACCUUGGUGUUCUUAAUGAGGAUUCGUUUAGGAAGAAUUUUGUGCUUGUUUAUGAGCUUCUCGAUGAAAUGAUUGAUUUUGGUUAUGUGCAAACGACGUCUACUGAGGUUUUGAAGUCGUAUGUUUUCAAUGAGCCGAUUGUGAUUGAGACUGCACAUAUGCCCGUUGGUCCGGCUUCUAUUUUUAUGCAUGGGGGCAAGCGGAUGCCGGGUACAGCUAUUACGAAAUCUGUUGUUGCUAAUGAACCUGGUGGUAAGAAGAGGGAUGAGAUCUUUGUUGAUGUAAUUGAGAAAAUAAGUGUCACAUUCAAUUCUAGUGGAUAUAUACUUACUAGUGAGAUUGAUGGCACCAUUCAAAUGAAGAGUUAUCUUACUGGUAAUCCAGAGAUUCGACUUGCCCUCAAUGAGGACUUGAGUAUUGGAACAAGCGAUUAUAGAGGUUCUGGAGCUGUGAUUUUAGAUGAUUGUAACUUUCAUGAGUCUGUACACCUUGAUAGUUUUGAUGUUGACCGAACUUUGUCUUUGGUACCACCAGAUGGUGAAUUUCCUGUCAUGAAUUAUCGUAUAACUCAAGCAUUUAAGCCACCCUUUCGUAUUAAUACAUUGAUUGAAGAAACAGGACCACUCAAGGCUGAAGUGACCAUUAAAGUGCGAGCCGAAUUCAACUCAAGCAUCAAUGCUAACACUGUUCUUGUACAAAUGCCACUUCCUACAUUUACAGCUCGUGUGAACUUCGAGUUAGAACCCGGAGCGGUUGGACACAACACUGAUUUCAAGGAAGCAAAUAAAAGACUGGAGUGGGGAAUAAAAAAGGUUGUUGGUGGAUCUGAACAUACUUUACGAGCAAAGCUGACGUUUUCGCAGGAACUACAUGGAAAUAUCAUGAAAGAAGCCGGGCCUCUUAGCAUGACAUUCACUAUACCUAUGUACAAUUCUUCAAGGCUUCAGGUUAAAUACUUGCAAAUAGCGAAGAAGUCAAAGAGUCAUAAUCCGUAUCGAUGGGUUAGAUAUGUAACCCAAGCAAAUUCAUACGUUGCUAGGUUGUAA